CAAUCCCAUAGUUGGAAAUUUUGGAAUACUGACACUUUCUAUUUCCAACUUUAUCUACGUAUGAUCUCAAUUAAAAUAAAACCCAGAUGGCCAAAUCCAAUAUCUUAUUCCCACAACAUUUCAAUUCCAAAACAAAAAAAAUAAUACAUAAAAAUAAAUAUAAAAAAAACUUAAUUUUCGUUCUCUCUCUCUCUCUCUCUCUCUUUUAUAAUACUCAUGGAUUCCAAUUUUCAAACUCACCUAACAACCUCCAUAAACCCUUAGAUUCAUUCACCCAAAAAAAAAAAAAAAAAAACAGGUAGAGUUAAGGUUGAGACAACCUUAAAUUUUUUUUUUUUUUUUUCUACCUUAAAAUUUGCUGUUCUGUUUUUCUGGAAAAUGCACAUAUCGAUUUUCCAGCUCAGUGAUUGCGUGUAGAUCGCAGCCUUUUGCUUUUGGAAAUCACAGAAAAAAGGAAAAAAAAAAUCACGGAAAGCUAAGAAAGAAAGUACUAUUUGUGUUUCGAAUUGUACUUUUUGUUUUUGGUUCGAGUAUGCAUAGAUCUGGAGCUACGAUGGCUUGGAACGUGUUCAAGUUCUGUACGGCUCUGCGUGGACUGGGCUCGAUCAUGAUCCUUUUGGUUCUUGGGGUGGUGGGUGUCACCUACUACGCUGUCGUUUUGACUACUUAUGGCCCUGCUUUGUAUGAGGGUGGCCUCGAUUCUCUCAUUUCUGUUUCCAUUUUGAUCUUGUUCCAUUGCUUGUUGGCGAUGCUAUUAUGGAGUUACUUUUCUGUUGUCCUGACGGAUCCGGGUAGUGUUCCUCCUAAUUGGAGGCCUCCUAUUGAUGAGGAGAGAGGGGAGGCCGACCCGUUGAAUGGGUCGGAAUUCAUUAACUUGCCUACAGAUCCUACGAAUCAGAGAAUCCGGUUCUGUAGGAAGUGCAGCCAGCUCAAACCACCUCGGUGUCAUCAUUGCUCUGUUUGUGGGCGAUGUGUGUUGAAGAUGGACCAUCAUUGUGUGUGGGUUGUUAAUUGUGUUGGGGCAUUAAAUUACAAGUAUUUCCUUCUUUUCUUGUUCUACACGUUUCUCGAGACAAGUCUUGUAACACUGUCAUUACUUCCACAUUUUAUAGCAUUCUUUAGUGAUGGAGAAAUACCUGGAACUCCUAGCACCCUUGCGACCACUUUCCUUGCCUUUGUCCUAAAUCUAGCUUUUGCGUUGAGUGUUUUGGGGUUUCUGAUCAUGCACGUAUCAUUGGUGUCCGCCAACACCACAACAAUUGAGGUGCUGAUCAGGCAUAUGAGAAGAAAACCUCUCCAAAAUGGCGCUAUGACCUUGGUCGAAAGAGGAAUUUUGAACAGGUUUUUGGGACAGACCAACGAUAUUGGUUCAUCCCUUCUUAUUCGGAAGAAGAUAUUCGACGGAUGCCUGCACUGCAGGGGCUUGAAUAUCCAUCAAAGCCUGACUUUGAUUCACAGGAGUUCUAAGAAACAUUGGUGCAGUAUCUCAAGAAAUCCACUAUUCACCCUUGUAAAAAUAGAUAUGCAGCCUCCCGAACUGUUCCUUAACAUCUUAAUUAAUUGGACAGCUUACAACUAAUUGGGCUCCUAACACAUUCAAUCCCACGGGCAUCUUGUUGUAGUGUAACAAAGGGGGUAAAGAGAGAGGAGAGGAAAAGAGGUGUAUCAAGGGGGCUGAUCAAAGGAAAAGCACAUGGACAGCCGAAUCAAUGUCAGUGGCAUCAACACGUUAGAUAAUGUUUAUUUCAUGUUUUUUAUCAUAUCUUUUGGGAAGUUUGGGAACAGAAAGAUAAGGGCUGCAAGUUUUUCAAUGUCAGUGGCUUCCACACAUGUUAGAGAUGGCCGUUCCAGUGUAUGCUUGUCAGUUAUACAUUCUUGUGAAAUAUCUAAUUUCAUACCAUAUUUAUGCUUC